GUUUAUUACAUGUUCAUUACAGUACUGACACAGAGGAGUCUAGCUGUAGCUCAGUUAUAAUAAAACGAUAUUGGCGAGGUGCGGCAUAAAAGAAGCACACGAACGGAGAAAAGGGGAACAUUUACAAGGGGAAAUAAACACUUAUUGGUGGUAAACAUUAUCACUCCCUCCUAUAUAAAACGCCAGAAGAGGGAAUCAAUUGAGAAGGAGCGAGAGGAAAAAGAGCGCUGAAGGCAGCCCACUCAAUAGCCACUUAUUAGGCGAAUAGCCUACAUUCCAGUCGGAUUUGCGUACAUUAAUAAACCAUCAUAAGAAAUGUCUGCCCCAGCUGCUGCCGGCGCCCCCGCAGAUGGAGCGGCGCCCCCUCCCAACCUCACCAGCAACCGCCGCCUGCAACAGACACAGGCUCAGGUGGAUGAGGUGGUGGAUAUCAUGCGUGUAAACGUGGAUAAGGUUCUGGAGCGUGAUCAGAAGCUGUCAGAGCUGGAUGAUCGGGCCGAUGCUCUGCAGGCUGGAGCCUCACAGUUCGAGACCAGCGCUGCAAAACUCAAGAACAAGUAUUGGUGGAAGAAUGCCAAGAUGAUGAUUAUCCUGGGGCUGAUAUGUGCGAUUGUCCUCAUUGUCCUCAUUGUCUACUUCAGCACCUAAGAUGAGUGGCUCCUACCCCAGUCUGCAGUCAAGACUGCCCGCUUCCUUGCAACAGAAAAUCCUUUAAAUUGACGAGGAAAUGAUCCACUAACGUUGAAUUCAUUAAAUUGCUCCUAAAUAGUCUCAAUAUGACCCUGCCCUGAACGCCCUGACCCCCUCAACCCCUGCUUCCACCGCCUCACCUCUGGACUCCUGUCAGUCUAUGUCCUGUAAAUCUGUGGACCUGCCUCCUUUGUAAAUACUUCCUGCUUUUCUAAUCUGUCGUUCAUACUCAGACUCCAAUACUUGUUGUGAUUGUUACCGAUGACAACAACAGAAAAGGAAAAUGAUGACCCUGGUGAUAAUUGUUAUAUACCAGACAUAUAUAUAGUUCUUUGUAGAGUUUUAUUCUGAUAUAAUGUUUUUGUAGGUUGUGUGUGGGUGUGCGUUUUGUAUUUUUUAAUUUUUGUAUUAAUUUGACUUAUGCUUCAGAUUUGAACUACUGCCUAUUAAUCAGAGUGUGUAUAUCUUGCACAUUCUCUCUCACUGUCUCUGCCUGCCUCUGGAUUUCUCUCUCUUGCUCUGUCUCACAUAGAGUAUAGGUGCAUCUUUGCACAGUGACAUAGUCUCCUUUAACCGAGGUACUUCAUCAAUAUUCCCAUCCUCUUCUCCCAUCUUUUGCUUCUCCAUCACUUUCUCUCUUCUAUACCAUGUAGCCAUACUGUCUCUUCAGAAUCCUUUCACCCUUUCUCUUUGUUUUAGUUUCUGUUUCCCUGUCUGUUGUUUCCUAGUCAUAUACCUUCUCUUUUUAAACUACCAUUAGAAUUGGACCAAUGUCUUUAGAUGUUUUUAUUUUACUUGGUGUCUUAUUUCGAGAACAUUCCUUGAUGGCAGUCUAGUACAAAUGCUGUCACUGUAGCACAUGUAUGUGUGAGUAUCUUUGAAAACAGAAAAUAGAUAGCCUGUAUAAAGUAAAUAUUAUCGUAGAGAUCAAUAUAACAAGCCAGAGUGGGGAAAAUAACAAUAUUGAUAGAAAGGAGGGUUGACUAGUUUUUGUUUGGUGGAUCAUAAUUUGAACCUGAUUCAUUUGUUCAUUUCAGCAACAUCAAAAUUGCAUAAAGUUGCUGUGACAAUGGACCAAUCCUACAGAGAUGACAUUACUAACUAAACAAUCACAAUGACACAGUAAAGCCUUAGUCUCUAAUCAAAACAUAUCACCUUAAUGGUCAAAAUGUUCCCACCAACUCUUUAUUUUGUGUAGGGGGAAUGGCUGACUGAAAACGGAUAGGUGGUGUGAAAUGCACAAAGAACUUUGAUAUUGAUGGCGCUGUCUGACUGGUCAACAGAAUGACCGCUGUCUGACUGGUCAACAGAAUGACCGCUGUCUGACUGGUCAACAGAAUGACCGCUGUCUGACUGGUCAACAGAAUGACCGCUGUCUGACUGGUCGACAGAAUGACCGGCAGAGAGAGAACCUCUUGUAGCAAAACCUCACCUAUUGAUGAGCACAUACACAGACAACUCAGCCUUAUUUGAAAGUGAAGGUACAAGUAUUAAGAUAGAUGAAGCAACUGGCAUAGACAAACAGUAGUAGAACAAGAGGAUCUAGGGAAAGGGACUAACUUGGGUCAUGGGUACCAGCUUCAUCGACAGAUUCAGAGUUGCUGUAAAACUUAAGUGAACAUUCCUAGAAAUGUCAUGAAAAACGUCUUAGCAUUCCAGCACACAAGAUAGAGUGAGCGUUUAGCUAGUACUGUGGUUCUCUCUCUUUCUUUAAUUUCUCCCUAGUUACUGCCUUUUUCUUUUUUAAACAUACUAAUAGAGUAUAUUUUAUAUAGCAUAUUUUUGUGUUUGUGUGAAGCAGACAGGUAAAGAGGAGACUGAACUCAAGCAGGGCUUCACUAACUGCUGUGAGCAGUGAGCUCCUCUCUACCUUUUUGUGUGUAUGUGUCUUUUUGCGGUUUACCUCUGUAAGAUAAACACUGCCAAGAAACUAGGGAGAGGCUUUUAUUUUCUGUUAUUUUCUCAUUGGUGCCCUUAAUGGUAUGGUCUUAGUGGAUUGCUCUUGCAUGGUUACCUCUUGUCCCAUGUCCCCGUAAAGGCCUACCUGUUGCUAAUGCUAUCGAUCUGCCAGCUCUGUUAGCCUACGUUAUGAGUAGUAACAGAAAGACCCCUGGAACUGUGGGAUAUAUAGUUGUUCCCAUAGGUUAUGUCACUUCAACAUGACCUCUUCCCCUCUGUUCCACCGGAUCUGCAUACUUCCUACAUCCUCUUGUUUCACCUCCGUCCCCAGCUCCCCCCUCACUGAUUCAGGAUCCUACACUGUGAAUGUGUGUGUGAGUGUGUGUUGGUGAAACACUGCCGCCCUGGGAAUAUCCCUAGUUUAUUUUGACAGAUUAGGCCACUUAGACCUCACCGAUGUGGGAAAGAUGUUUCCAUGACAACUGAAUUCGAUGAGCAGAGUGGUGAGGUAACACAUUAGCCCACUGACUCUUUCAGACUGGUCAAGUUUGCCAAUUUUCCAGGUAUGCUCCAGGAAUAUUAACUGGCAGAGCCCCCCCCCCAACCACCCAUCACUUUACGAAUAAACAGCACAGAUAUUCCCUUGCUCUUUCUCUCGCCCCCCCCCACUCUCUCUUUCUUUCUCCUCUCUCUCUCUCUCUCUCUCUCUCUCUUAUCACACACAUGUUAAUGGGAAUGGCCUUAUCCAUUAUCUCCCUGUGAAGCAUAUCCCCCCACCCUCCCCCUUUAAUCCACUUAAGUAGAGCAAACUAAUUCAGAGGGAAAUUACCAAAGACCAGGUCUUCUUGCUUAUGCUGCCAACUGCCAUCAAAAACAAGUAGAGGAACACAACAUAUUUUACCCGGGUCACUUUAACAGCAAUAGUACUGGUACCUGUUUUUGAAAGCAUACCCUUAACCCAAAAUACCUAGUCACAUGACCUUUUAACCCUUUCAGAUCUUAGUCAACAUGUCAUACCCGGCAAAUAGAUGGUGACAUUAUGUGCUAUUUGAAGAUAUGCAAGAGAAACCAAACCUAAGUAAAAUGUGCUUCAUCCCCCUCCCCCAUCAUAAAACUACUUUAAUCUGUACCAAGUCUUUAGACAUAUGCUCCUAUAACUAAUAAUAGCACAACUUAUCUUUUGUGUGUCUCUGUCGUGCUGACAACAAUUUAAAGAUAAAAAAAAUAUGAACGUUAUCUAUAGCUGUUUAACAAAACAAACAAAACACGUAUAAAAACAAGUCUGUAUUGUCUGGUGUUGUAGUGUGGGGGUAUAUUUGGGGGAAGGGGGUUCCUAUUUCCUCAGGUCAGGGAUUAUAACAGUUCAUGAAAAUCUACAAUGUGAAAACGAAAAACUACAUGAAGCUAUAUAAACAUUUGAAUAGCAAAUAAUCACAAUUUUGAAGGUGACAAAAAUUUGAGGGCUGCCUUCGAGUUAUUAUUGUCUCAGUGGAUUGGAGUGACAUGACACGAUGGGUCGGGGUAGGACUACUGUGUUGUUCACAAAUCCAAGUGUUGACCUAAGAGUGCUCAGUAAAUUUAGAUACAAAAAUAGACAAUUUUAUGUUCUAUGAGUGCUCAUUUUCUGUUGCUUUUUUUCUCUGUGAGGAUGGGUCUGUGCAACUUUUAAUGUCCAGGCACUUUUUCCUGUUGUAUUCUGGGUGCAUUUUGCGGGGCUAGAAUAUGAUGUGGAUGAGAAUAUUGUGUUAUUGCCAACCCUAAGAGGUGUUCGGUGGAUUCAACAUAGGAGGCAACCUUUUGAGGCACUGGACCGUCACAGGUUGGCAAUAAAAUCACAAUGCUCUAACUAAAACACAUGAAAUUUAUAAAAUAUAAUGUCGGACCCUAUGUUUUCUUUGUAAUUUGCAUAAAGUUAGUAAUAACUUAGGUAUGAUGUCAAUGGCUUGGGUUGUGUGUACAUUGGAAGAGGGGGGGAAAGAUUAAAUAAAGACUUGUUCUCUAUGUUAAUCAUGUCAGACAAGUCAAGAAAAUGGGAUGUUACUGGAAAAAUACAUUUUAUUUGAACCCUCUAGUCAAAUUUCCAGAAUUCUUAGAAUGGUGUCACGAUUCGAAACAGAUUCCUCUGCUGUUAAUAUGAUUAUUUUUGUUUGAGCUGUUCAUUUUGGGGAGGGAAUAUUAUUUUGUUCUUUGAGGACUGUGGUUGGGGGAAGUGACAGUCAACAUUGCCUCUUUUUGCCUUGCCUUUCAGGAGGGAAUAGACUGGGGGAUCAUGGGUAAUGUCUUCUGUUCAGUCUGUUUUAUUUUAUUUAUUGCGUUUUUGUUUUGAAUGGGAUUGUAUAUUCAACAAAGUGGAUUGCAAUGUACCAGAGGAAACCAAUUUAAAACCAGAAGUACAUAAAAAACAUUUGUAGUGUAAA